CCCAUUAGCCGCAUUGACUAAAAACCUAUAUGGUCUAGACGAGGCCACGAUCCAAAGUGAAGCCGGAAACCCAAGCUUGGUCAAAAAGCCCAAAAUGAGAAACAUAAAUUGAAAAAAAGAAAUUCAAAAAGGAAAAAAAAAAAAAUAUCGUGAAGUGAAGAAAUCAGGAACAGAAGAACGCCCCAGGCUUCUCCAUCACCACACCAGGUCGCUUCUACUCUCCGAACUCUGCUACGCUACAACGAAUAGCUUCCGAACUUUGGAUUGUUUUUCACUCGCUUUGUAUCUCUCUCGCUCUCAGUCUCCUCUUCUCCACAGCCAUGGCGGCCUCUCUGCUCUCGCCGUUCUCUGCUCCGUCGACGGAGCUCUUAGCUCCCACUGCCGGCCUUCCAAAAUCGUCUUUCCUCUCCAGUACGAACCUCCUCUUCUCCACUGCCAAUCCACUGAAGCAGAGAGAUGCAGUUCGGCGUAGAUGCUACACAUCUCCUUCCGCCUCCGGGAAGCCUUUUGACCGCAUUCCUCAGCGGUUCCGGCAAGAAAACCUCAUCGACGGACUGAUGGAAAACUACCAAAAUGUUCCUCGGCAGUUGUAUGGGCUUUCUCCUUCACAAAUGGACAUGUUUAUGACUGAAGAUAACCCCAUUCGUAGGCAGUCUGAAAGAGUGACAGAGGAAAGCAUUUCAUCUAGAUGCAACUAUCUGGAUCAUGGUGGGAUGUACACUACAUCAGGUAUGACGGAUAUGGGUCCAGCAAAAUAUAGCAUGAGUGUGAGCAUGUAUCGGGGUGGAGGUGGGAGGGGCGGAAUUGGAAGGCCGAGAUCCGCUCCUCCGGAUCUGCCUUCUUUGCUGUUAGAUGCUCGGAUAUGCUAUCUUGGAAUGCCGAUAGUACCUGCAGUCACCGAGCUUCUUGUUGCUCAGUUUAUGUAUCUGGACUAUGAUGAUGCGACAAAGCCUAUUUACCUGUACAUAAACUCAACUGGGACGCAGAAUGAGAAGAUGGAGACUGUUGGUUCUGAAACCGAAGCAUUUGCCAUUGCUGAUGCUAUGGCUUAUUGCAAGUCAACUGUCUACACUGUGAACUGCGGGAUGGCAUAUGGUCAAGCUGCAAUGCUUCUGUCACUUGGAGCCAAAGGCUAUCGUGCCCUACAGCCCAACUCAUCUACAAAGCUUUAUCUGCCUAAAGUCAAUGGAUCGAGUGGGUCUGUCAUUGACAUGUGGAUCAAGGCCAAAGAGCUGGAUGCAAAUACGGAUUACUACAUUGAGCUGUUAGCUAAAGGAACUGGGAAAUCGAAGGAAGAAAUAAAUAAAGACGUUCGGCGACCAAAGUAUCUGAAUGCACAAGAGGCAAUAGAGUAUGGCUUGGCAGACAAACUGGUCGACUCAAGUGACGAUGCAUUUCAGAAACGGGACUACGAUGCAUUGCUUGCUCAGUCUAAAGCUAUGCGUGCCGCGGCUGCUGGUCCACGAGCAGCUCCUACCAGAUUUGGUUGAUUAUCAAUUAGAUAGUCCGUUAUGCUGCUACUGCUCAAAACUAUUAUGUAGUGUACAGAACUCGUAGCAGCUCUUCACAAGGUUUACCUUAAUGUUGCCGGGGGCAAAGGGUUUCUGUUAUAUGGUUCUCUAGUUUACUGGAACAUUUCUCAACUAGGGCACACCAUACAUUUGCCCCACUUUUUACCCGAAUACAGCUCUUUGUCGUAGAAUUGCCAUGAGAAUGAUGUAGCUUUGAACUUUCCUGAACUACUUAUGAAACAUGUGGCAUAGGUGCACGAUGAAAGAAAACGUCGAACCCUAUCAAUGGGGUUUCGUUGCGCGCUGCAAUUGUUAAUUUCAAUCCCUACAUUUUCCCUAAGUUGA